UCAGCAUUUGCCUAUGAAGUAGUGGCUUCCAAGAGGCGCUGCCUCUCAAUUUUCAAAACUUCAAGUUCCAGUUGAGAGGAGCUUCUAAAUUCGAAAUAUGGACAGGUGUUUAGUGAUUCUAGCGGUGUGCUGUGUGGUUAAAUUUUCAAGUGCGAUUGAAGAAGACUGUACUGACUUCCAGGGUCAAACCAUAGAACAUGGGCUUUUGUAUGUACCAGGUCCAGCCGUAUGUACUAUGUGCGUAUGUUACCACAGCGAACCCAUGUGGUGUCAAGCAAUAUAUUGCGAUCCUCCUUAUUUCUGCAAUAAAUUCAGAGUAGGAGAAAGAUGCUGUGAAUUUGAAUGCUUGGACCCACCAGGAGAUGCAGCUUCAAAAUUGCUAGAAGAAUACAGAAAAAAACGACUCCAGCCCAGCAGUGCUAAACGGAGAUAUGCAAAUGUACCCGCUUGCUUUGUGACCAUUGUAGUAAUGUUCAAUAUGUGAUGUGAAUAGAAUAGACAGACUAAUGCUAAUUGUGAUACCUGUACCUUUGAAUUAAUAGUAAACUUUCGAAUUUGUAACUCAACCUCUCACCCAUGUUCCUGGAAAGAAAUAUGAGAGCAGCAUAAGUAUGAUAAAUCAAGCAGUAAUUAAUGCCGGCAGAAGCUGAUAUCUCCAUCUAAGUCGAUUUUGACAUAAUAUAAUAGUCAUUUAUACACCAAGGUAGUAAAGAAAAUCAUUAUCACCCAGGG